ACGGAUUGGUGGUGGCCGCUAACGCGGUGUUUGGGCAUAGUCAGCUGUUUACACAACAUGCUUCGCUCGGCGUGUUGGUUUGCAGUGCUCGCUUCUUCUCUGUUACCCGCUUUAUAUUUCCCGUCAUUAUCUCUCGCGGCGCCCACAGACGUCCCGUCAGCAGCUUCCUUCUACGUUCCCUCUCUCCCCGACAUUCACCAAGACCCUGAACAUCCGCUGACUAUCUUCUCCGGGCAUAUAUCAUCCGACCCAAAUGAAGACAAAGUCGAUUCGAAGACCGUUACCGCACAUUUAUUCUUCGUCAUGAUCAAAAACCGUCGAAUUGCAGACAAAAAGCGUAUAAUGUUCUGGUUCAAUGGCGGCCCAGGUUGCUCGUCAUUCGACGGACUCAUGAUGGAAGUCGGGCCAUGGCGGAUGGAUGGAAAAGGGGGGUUCAAAGUAGCGGAGGGUGGUUGGGAAGAAUAUAUGACAAUGGUCUAUAUCGACCAGCCUGCUGGAACAGGUUUUUCUUACACCAGCACCGAUCAUUACAUCCAUACCAUGGACGAAGCCUCUGCACAGUUGAUUCAGUUCCUGAGGAAUUUCUACAAAACAUUUCCAGAGUACCAAAAGAUGGAGACGUAUCUUGGUGGCGAAAGCUACGCUGGUCAAUGGAUUCCUUACUUUGCAGACGCCAUUCUUAAUUCUGACCUGCCGACGCCGCUUCAUGGAGUUGCUAUCGGAAAUGGCUGGAUCGACGCGCGAAGGCAAUAUCCGUCUUAUAUCGACUAUGCUGUCAAAGUCGGAAUACUGGAAGAAAAUUCAGACGCUUGGAAAGCCGCGAAGAAGCGAACGGACGAGUGCGUGGACGAACUCAAAACUAUAACGGACCGGGAGCCCAUUGUCUCUCCAAAAUGCGAAGGAUUAUUGCUGGACGUGACAGCUGUGAGAGAGAAAGUUGUUAACAACGAGCCCAUGUGCAUCAACAUUUACGAUAUUCGCUAUGACGAUGUUAUGCCUGCUUGUGGAAUGAACUGGCCUCCAGACAUAAAGCCAGUGACGACCUAUCUCGACCGACCUGACGUCGUUCGCGCUUUACAUGCCGAGCGUCAUCCAGGCUCUUGGGUGGAGUGUCGUGGCCGCAUUCAUCAAGAGUUUCGCGAAAGGCAGCAAGCAUCGGCCAUUACAGUUUUACCCAAACUUCUUGCACGCAUCCCUGUCCUUAUCUUCGCGGGUGAUCAAGAUCUUAUCUGCAACUAUGUCGGUCUCGAAGCCAUGAUUCAGGCCAUGGAGUGGAACGGCGCUAAAGGAUUGGGUACGGUCCAAACUCAAUCCUGGAGCGUGGCAAAUGCGCCUGCAGGGACCUGGGUCUCUUCCCGUAACUUGACAUACGCGAAAAUCUUCAACGCGUCGCACAUGGCUCCAUUCGAUCUUCCGCAUGUUGGACACGACAUGAUUCUUCGAUUUAUCGGUGUCGAUUUUUCCGCGCUCGUUGGUGGGUCAGCGCGCAUUCCAAGUAGCUUGGGCACGAGUACAAAACCUAUCUUCUUGGAGAAUAGCGCGGCAGCAGCUCCUACCGCAGCUCCAGAUGCCACCAAAAGUCCGCAGCAAACAACGGCGAUGUGGGAGGCAUACUACAACGCCGGUGCUGCUGCUCUCGUGCUGACCGUCAUCUUCGCCAUCAUUGGUCUCUGCGUUUGGUGUCGCAGGCGACGAAAUCGCAGUCCUCGGCUGCCCAUGGAACGAACUGGAGAGGAAAGCAUACCACUCAACAGCAGCAGGCUGGAUGACGAUGAAGGCAGCGCUUUCCGGGACCAAAAGCCGAAUGGGAAUGGCAAAGGAAAGGAGCGGGCGAUUGAGCCCGGGACGCCAAACAUAUUUAAGGUCGGCGAAGAUGAUGAGAGCGACCAUGAAGAGGAAGGGUAUCGAGACCGAUGA